GUUACUAGUUAGUAUUUCCUUGGAGGGGUAGGUGGAGAGAGAGAGCAGUAGAUGGUUACUAGUUAGUAUUUCCUUGGAGGGCUGUGUGCUUAUUGACGUUUUUCUUUUCUUCUAAAACUUGUGGGAUUUUUUCCCUUUCUGUGGUGUGUGUAUAAACAGAGAUGUCAUCGACACGUUCUGUACAUUUUAAGAUUUCAUUUGGAUCAGCGCUAGACUAUUGGACACUUGUGUUUUAUUGAUUACUGUCUGUUUGAGUGUUUUUUCCCCUGCUGCGUGUGUCUGUGUAGGGUGGACUUCUUCAUCCCUGGUAUGGAGAAGGUAGGAGGAUUCUCUGUGUGUUCCAGUCCAGGUCUGCUGCAGAAAGAGGGUGUCAUCGAGCUGGCUGUCAAAUACACACAACAUCCCCCUGCACACUGGAUACACACCAAGUGCACCAUGGACUCCCAUGUAGCGAUGCGUGUGGGUGGUAACUUUUUCUUUGACCCCCUGCCCUCUGACCCCUCUGUCGACCUGUUGUUGGUGGCUGGGGGCGUGGGCAUUAACCCUCUAUACUCCAUCCUGCUCCAUGCCGCUGACCUGCUACGACAGAACCCCACUAACGCAGGGAGGUGCUACCACAUAGGCUCCACCCACCUCUGCUACAGUGCCAAGAACACACAGGAGCUGCUCUUCAAGAAAAGCAUCAUAAAUGUGUGUAAGGAAUUCCCAGAGAAAUUCUCCUGUGACUUCCACAUCACCGCACAGACCGCAGACAUCGACCAGGAACUCCAACCGUACAUGAACCGUGGGAGGCUGUCAGAGGGGGGGUUGCGUCGCCACGUCGACCCUAUCACCACUCUGUGUUACCUGUGUGGCCCUCCACCCAUGAUAGAGAGCAUGGUCGAGACCCUACUCAGCCUAGGCCUAUCCCAGGAAAGGAUACUGUUUGAGAAGUGGUGGUAGUGUGUACUAGAGACAGACCUCUUCAUCAUCAUCUAACCCCGGCCUAACUAUCCCUGCUCUCUCCUCCAGUGCCUAGGAGAUCAGACCAAGCACCAGCCCACGUUACCAUGGCAACAUGUCAAGGACUAUUGGACCAUAUUUGUCCGGAGCUGCACACAUCAUUUUAUUUAUUUAACUUCACCUGAACAUGCGUCUAUACUAGGGCUGUGAAGGUCAGCCGGUGAUUGUCGUGUAUAACUGACCGUUAAUUAACAAACACAUUUAGCAUCUCCUGGCUUCCACUCAUAGCCUACAAGCCCCUGAUGCUGACCGUUGGAACAUCUAGACUACUGUUCAAAAGUUUGGGGUCACUUAGAAAUGUCCUUGUUUUUGAAAGAAAGCACAUUUUUUGUCCAUUUUAAAAUAACAUCAAAUUGAUCAGAAAUGCAGUGUAGACAUUAAUGUUGUAAAUGACUAUUGUGCUGAAAACUACAGAUUUUUUAUGUAAUAUCUACACAGGCGUAUAGAGGCCCAUUAUCAGCAACAAUCACUCCUGUGAUCCAAUGGGACGUUGUGUUAACUAAUCCAAGUGUAUCAUAUUAAAAGGCUAAUUGAUGAUUAGA